UCGUAUGUACACGUUUAAUGUUAUCGAUGUGUAUAGAUAUGUGUAUUAAAACAGGAUACUAAAACGUGGUUUGUUUUCAUGUGGAUUGAAAAUGGCAGAAAGGAAAUGAUUAAGCUAGCGACCAUUGCAGACCAAGAUCAGCCGGCACGUACGAUGAGAAGUACAUGGAGCAUGGCGGAGAGCGAAAAUAUCCAGACUGGGAAGCGGAAUGUUCUCCAAGCAGCCGGUUUUCUCGUCGCAGCGGAAGUGUUCGGAGUCUGUUUACAGGAAGUACAUGCGCACGCAAAAGAGUUACAACCACUUCAUCGCCAUUUUGAAUUACCCAUAAUUCUAACCGUUGUGGACACAAUCUCAUUAUUUAUAUUACUGAGGCUUGAAUCUCUACACGGUCUACGUAAACAUGCUGAGGGUCUGAUAGUCACUUUUCUUUGCCAUUUUGUUGUUGAAUAUCUGUUUAAUUAUUGGUAUAUUUACUCUAGGAAUGAUUCGUUCGCGGUUGGCUACUUUGAACCUGUGAUAUUAGUGGUGUUACUAAAAUGGUGCACACGAAUUGACGUCAGUGCACAAACGUUCGCCAUUUUAACAGUAAUGGCGUUAUGCGCAGGAGUGACUUCCGGCGAAGUUCAUAUCUUGCUCAACACAAAUAGGAACGGAAUUAUUAUAUUUCUAGUAAUUUUCUUCACAUGUCUGCGCAAUAUUGGACUAAGUUAUCUUCACAACGACGGACUUGUUUUAAGAUUCCGGAAAUCCAUUGCUAUACCAUACAGUUUUACAAUUCUCUCUGUUGCUCUGAUAAUGAGCGCGUUCCACCUCACGUUUUGGGCACUUCCGGUGAUGUUUUCGCUCAUAGCCAUGUUCGCCUCUGUAACAAUGCUAUACAUGACCUCAUCACUUUUAGAAAACUAUUCUUUAGUGUCAUUAUCCGUCUUUGGACUUGUGUCUCAAAUUUUUGUAAAUAUCGUCUGCAUUCCUGUAGAGCAUGGACAUAAUAUUUUCAUCUCGAUCAUCGGAGCGCUUCUUCUAAUUAUAGUGAUUGGUGUCUACAUCCGGUUUAAUCUGAAAAACACACAGGACAUACUGUCACCUCAAGUUCCAAAUCACGAGGUUUACACGCGACUUGAGUUUCUGAUAUUUACUGGUAUGGUGUGCGGUCUCAUAUUGUAUGUGUUCAAGCCGAAAUUCAGUGAAAGAGAUCUAAACAAUCUACAUUACGUUGGAUUGGACAAUAUUGUGAAACGUUUGAUUAAUCACGAGUAGUUAGUUAAAACUUAAUUACAUAAUUUUGUUAAGAUACAUGAUUGUUUUGGAUUUGUUAUUGCUGUAAAGUUUAUUUAUGUUGAUCUUCUUAUUGAAUAUGUUUUACAAGGUACUUUCAUUAAGAGAUUUAUAAAUGAAUAAGACUAUACAUGUUUAUGCGAAAGUGAUAUAAAUAUAUUGUUCACUUAAGCAGAAUCUCAUUUUGUUAGUGUUAACAACGUCCUUUAAAGAAAAAUGUCUCUCUCAUCAUGUAAAAUAAUUUGUUUUCUCAAAGACUAACAAAUAAACUCUACUUAUUAUUGUUACAGGCAAAUACUUAACAUUUAUUAACAGAGGGUUUGUUUUACACAUAUUUAUAUAUUUAUUUUGUGGUUAAUAUUUUGUUAAUGUAGUCUCAUUAAAAAAUAAUGGUUAUUUAAUUAGUUAAUUCACGGUGAUACUUAAAUAAAAACAAUAUACAUGAAAGUUA